AUGGGUGCUACCGAGUUCCAUGGUGAUGCUGCAGCUCCCUGCGAUCUCGUUUCAUACCUGACCCGGCAGCCUGAUGGAACUGCCAGCAUCACCCUUCGCUCCCCAACGUAUUUGUACUCACACGAAAGUCUACAUUUCCUCCUACGAGCUUACAUGCGCCUCUUCGAGUCUUGUGUAAGAGAUCCGCAGAUGCCAAUUGCACAGCAGCGUUUAUAUGACGAGAACGACGUGAUGGCCGGGCUGAUUUUCGGGAGAGGGCCCCGUCUGGAUAUCACCGAUCCGGCCACAAUUUCGAAGCGAAUCGAGCAAAUGUCGAUCGCGAGGCCUGGAGUGGUUGCCGUCAAGGAUGCGGACGGGAACAGCUUCACAUACAAGCAGAUGCAGCAGCACAUUCAACGCGCAGCAGCUGUCCUUCGCAUGAAAGGGGUUCAAGCCCAGGGCUAUGUCGCCGUAUGUUGCGAACCGACCCUACAUUCCGUCUGUCAUCUCUUGGCGAUAUGGCGCAUCAAUGCCAUAUAUGUACCGCUCGAUCCGCAGAAUCCCUUCUCUCGACUCCAACUGAUUUUGGACGACUGCCAACCCGCGGCGAUCAUAUACCACGCCCCAACUGAAUCGGUCAUCCGGCGACUGAAUCUCCAUUCAAGUACUCCGGUCUCCAUCGCCGAGAUUGGCCGUGCCCAGACCCAGGCGUCUCCGGACUUGUCCCACGGAUCCACCGGAACUCCUAAGGGAAUCCUGCUCACGCAUGCCAAUCUGCUGCAUCAGAUCCUGGGGGUGCGCCAUCGGUUUCAGAUCGGCUGUGAAACUGCGCUCCAACAAAGCUCACUUGGAUUCGAUGUCUCUCUCGAUCAGAUGCUUCAGCCUCUGGUGGGGGGCGGCUCAUUGAUUGUUGCCCCGCGCCGUCUACGUGGAGAUGCUAUUGCGCUCUCUCGGCUGAUGCUGGCCGAGAACGUCACCUACACUUACGCCACACCGUCGGAGUAUAUGAUGUUGUUGCGGUACGGAUCGGAUGCUCUGCACCAGCUGUCCUCCUGGAAAAUUGCCUUUGUGGGAGGUGAAGCCUUGCCACGACAUCUCAUUGAGUUACUCCACGCCCUGCGGCGACCUGGCUUGCGGCUCAUCAAUCGGUAUGGACCAACCGAGAUCUCGAUUUCGAGCUCAUGUCUUGCGAUCGAUACUUGCGAUCCUGCCUGCAUCGAUCUGCAACCCAUCAGUGUCGGGUGGACCCUGCCCAACUACUCGACAUAUAUCAUCGACCUCGAUGGUGCGCCACUGCCCGUAGGGUUCACUGGGGAGAUUGUCGUCAGUGGUCCGGGAGUUGCCAGGGGGUAUCUACACAAAGAUGCCCUGACCAAGCAGAGAUUCCGACCGGAUCCUUUCGCGGACUCCCCAGACAAGAGUCGCGGUUGCACCAUGUAUCGAACCGGUGAUAAAGGCCGUCUGCGCCCUACUGGGGAGCUUGUGUAUCUCGGGCGCAUCGACGGUGAUCACCAAGUCAAGCUGCGUGGCUACCGCAUCGAACUUGACGACAUUGCCAGCACGAUUCUGAAGUCUGCAGAAGGACGGCUUGCCGAGGCCGUGGUCUCUGUGCGCGGCUUGCAGGACGCCGAAGGGGAUCGUCGCUUUCUGACCGCGUUUGUCGUCCCUGUCUGCGCGCAGGAACUCGCGGCCGUGAACGAAAUGCUGCAGUUCCUCGACGAGCUCGUUGCCAACCUUCCACUGCCGCCGUACAUGCUACCUCAAGUCAUCGUCCCAGUCGAUGGCCUGCCCCGAAGCCCCAAUGGCAAGCUAGAUCGACGGACAGUCGACCAACUACCAUUGCCCUCCAAGAGGCAGCAUGCCAUGUCUCCCACGAUUUCAGAUUCUGAACGCUUCGUCAUCUGGAUCUGGGAGCAGUGCUUGGAUCAAGCCGCCCAGACGGCCGUCUGGAGUUCCACGACGGACUUUUUCCAGGCUGGGGGAAACUCCUUGUUGAUGGUGAAGGUGCAAGCUUUCUUCCAGCAACACCUGAAGCGAUCGGUCCCUUUGUCCACGCUUUUCCAGUCCAGCACGAUAGAAGACAUGGCCGCGUUGCUGACCGGUGCGCCAACUCCGCCACCCGAGUCCAACAUCGAUUGGGAGCAGGAAACCCUGCCCGGGCUGGAAGAGAAGUACAUCUGCGACGGGAGGAGCCCCCAACUCAGCCCUCUCCACGCAGAGGGAGGCAUCGAGGUGUGUCUGACCGGCGCAACAGGGUUUCUCGGCUCUGCACUCCUGCGAUGCCUGGCGGCGGACCCUCGCGUGGCCCGCAUUCAUUGCAUCCAUCGCCUUACGCCGCCGUCGGUCGCAUCCGCCGCGGGCACGGCCAAGGUGGUCCGCUACAGGGGGGAUCUCACAGCGCCCAGACUGGGUCUCGACCGGGUGUGUUGGCAGGAGCUGGCAUCGCGAGUCGAUCUGAUCAUCCACAACGGCGCCGACGUCUCGUUCCUGAAGUCGUACCGGUCCCUACACCCGGCCAACGUGCAGUCCACCCGCCACCUCGCCUGCAUGGCCCUCCGGCGUCAAAUCACGCUCCACUUCGUCUCCACGGCCGAUGUGGCCCAGUUGACCGACCUGGACUCCCUACCCCCUCGGUCGGUGGCGCACUGCCUGCCUCCCGCGGAUGGCGCAGACAGCGGCUACGUGGCUUCGAAGUGGGCGAGCGAGGGUCUCAUCCAGUGGUCCUUGCGCACACUCCAGCUCCCAGCCCUCCCCCACUGGACGGGCUUCUUCGACUUUGUGUCCGUCACGGACGUGGCGAUGGAGAUCACGCAGGCCGCUUUGCGGAGCCCGGAGGACCGACGCAAACGCCCCGAGAUGAAUGAGUCGCCCACCUUCCAUCAUCACGCCAGCACCACCCCGGUACCCGUGGCUCGGUUUCGGGAGUUCCUGGAAGAACGCUUCCGUGCGCCCCUGCGGACGGUGGACGCAGAUACUUGGUUAAAGCAAGCGCGUAAAGAAGGCUUGUCCGGUCUACUGGAGAGCGUGGUGGCUGCGACGCUCACGGACCCUAAACCACAUCGUAUGCCUCGCAUGCUGCGCGAGUAA